GUGUAUGAGCGACGUGACGUCAUUGAGCAGCAGCCCAGCAGCAACACCGUCCUCUCUGUCGGGACACGCACUUGUCGCACUUGACAGAAUUGAUACGAGCAAUACGGCUGGAUAUAUUAAAUCUGUAAUCGGUGGAACAUCUCUCGUAACUCUUCUUCUCGGAAUUCGAAGUGCCUGGAAACAUUCCAGGCAGCCUGAAGCUGCGGAUCUUGCGGCUGCACAGCUCUUCUCGGGAGCCGCAUUCGCUGGAAAAGCCCUCGGAGUGGCUACAGUAAUCACCGUAUCCGGCUUCACACUAUUCAUUGUCGGUGUCUCAGCAAUUCUUCAAGUCAAUUCACCACGCCAAUUUGGCUCGGCGAUGAAAACUGCGUUUGGCGAUUCGAUUCGAUUGCCGCAGAGUGCCAAGUCGCAAAGUUUUGAGGAAUUUAUUAAUAGUAUUGAAACGAAAACUGGAGUUCCUCCAUCUACUACAGAGCAAAAGCAAUAGAUUCUUCACAAAAAACCUCCAAAAAAAAUCAAAAAAUGCUCCCAUUAAUACUGCUCAUCGUCACUCUUCUCCUCGUUCUUCUACUCAUUUUCGCUGUUCGUUCUCAUCCGAUUCCACUGCUCUCACAAUCUCGUAUUCUUUUGCUCAUUGCUCAUCCUGAUGAUGAGACAAUGUUCUUUUCGCCGACUAUUCGUGCUCUUCUACAAGCUGGUCAUCGUGUCUUUGUCCUUUGUAUUUCGAAUGGAAAUUUCGAUGGAUUGG